AUGGAUAGAGUCAUUGAAUUAUUGAACUCAAAGAAAGUAGAAUAAUCUUAUGAGAAUAGAAGAAUACUGUUUAAUAAUCCUACCUAUAAACCUUAUUUAUUAUUAACGUAUAAUGAAUUCAGAUAGUUGUUUAAAGUGGAUGAGAAUAAUGUGACAAGAUUUAAUAAAAUGAUCAUUUACACAGAAAUGGAUUAUUAUAAUUACGUUUAUAAUUAAACUUGGGCAUAUAAAUGGUAUCCAUUGCUUUUAAAAUUUGCUUUAAAUUGUAUUCGUAGGAGAUCAACAAGUAUUACAUUUUCCUUGAUGUACUUAUACAGUGUUGAAGUAUUCUUAGAAAAAUUGUGUCUAUUUUAAUACGUAGAUGACAAAAUAAUAGAUGCAUCAGAAUAUUUCACUGCAGCACUUUCCAAAGAAAAAAGUAAUCCUAAUGAAUAGCAUAGAUCUGUAAAAACAAAAUGAGACUUUUGUUAAGUACAAGGAAAUGAUUUUAAAAGAUAUCUAAGAUAAACAUUAUGUUGAAGAAUAUAAACCAAGAGAUUGGAUUCUUAUGGGUAAUAAAUUUAAUAUCCAUAAUCCAUACAUACAUUGGACAGAAUCAAAAGAUGCAAAUGCAAAUUAGAUAAUGAAAGAAUUCUUUGUAAAGAACUUUUAAUUACUUUAAUUUUUUGAUCGUCUAAAUCGUUUUGCUUAGUUGAUAAAAAAUGAGGGAUAUAUUGGUUUAUAAAGAGAAACCAGAAUAUGUGUUUAGAAUUUAAUAAAACAAAGUAAACGAUUAAUAUUGGAAUUUCCUAUAUAUAAAGAAUAUGUGCCAUAUUUGAAUUCAUAUUAUAAGAUAGAAGAAAUGUUAUCAGUUCCAUAUAUUGAUUAAAGAAAACGAUUUAUAUAAUUAGAUCAUUAUAAAUUAAUUGGAAGCAAAAUAAUAAAUUUAUUUAAUUAUUUAGUGUAUGGAAGAUGUGAGUUUGUAAGAUAUGAAUUUAAAUGGUUUGAUCCAAAUAUAUCUGCUAAGAAACCAAUGUUAAGUACAUUUAAUUUAAAUAUAUUAAUUUAGGAGCUGAAUCAGUUUGGUAUGAUAUUGUACCUUUUGUUGUUUUAAUGUUAUUACCAACAAAAGUAAUGGGAAUUAGAAGAGCUGUAGGUAAUGCUAAAAGAUAUGCUGAUUAUGCAUCAUCUUUGGGUACAAAAGUUAAAUCGUAAACAAUGGUCUGAU